CCUUGAAGUUCUCGCUCUAAUGAAGUGUGAUGGAGUGACGCAGCGUCGCUCGCGCCCCUGCUCUUCAGUUCUGGAAACCCCGAGCGCGCGGACCUGCCAACGCCCGGCGCAGAGAAACAAACAGAAAGGAUACGAUCUUGAAUGAGAACAGUGGAUUUGUAAAAGCACAGCUAUGCAGACGAUCAAGUGCGUCGUUGUUGGUGAUGGUGCAGUGGGUAAAACCUGUCUAUUAAUCUCCUAUACAACUAAUAAAUUCCCCUCCGAAUAUGUACCAACGGUCUUUGAUAACUAUGCAGUUACGGUUAUGAUUGGUGGUGAGCCGUACACCCUUGGGCUGUUUGACACUGCAGGUCAGGAAGAUUACGAUAGAUUACGACCCCUGAGCUACCCUCAGACAGAUGUCUUCUUAGUCUGUUUCUCAGUUGUUUCACCUUCUUCGUUUGAAAACGUCAAAGAAAAGUGGGUACCUGAGAUCACCCACCACUGUCCAAAGACCCCCUUCCUGCUGGUGGGGACGCAGAUUGAUCUGAGAGAUGAUCCUUCUACCAUCGAGAAGCUUGCCAAGAACAAACAGAAACCCAUCACUCCGGAGACAGCAGAGAAGCUGGCCCGUGAUCUGAAGGCUGUCAAAUAUGUGGAGUGCUCCGCUCUGACGCAGAAAGGCCUAAAGAACGUAUUUGAUGAGGCGAUUUUGGCAGCCCUGGAGCCCCCAGAGCCCAAGAAGAAGCGUAAAUGUGUGCUGCUAUGAGCGCCCUGUUACACAUCUCUCCCCCUCCCUUCUUUGCUCUGCUAAGGCUGGUCCACAGCUUUACACUCUAAAAAGCAAUGUGUAAAAGAAGUGAGUUUCAAUAUUUGCUCUGCAAUAAAGAUAUAAAGAGUACCCACCAUACACAUGCACAUACACACACAACAAAAAAAACCCACACACGACCCACAUGCCCAUUAAUAUAAAAACCUAGAGGGCCUUUUCUAGUUUUGAUUCCAGGGGUCUUACUUCUGUACUUCAUGGUGAGAUUUAUUAGAGAUGCUGCCUUGGUUUGCCAGCCGUGUUUUGACAUUUAAGUGGGUUAAUGUAACAUACAGUAGUAGUGUUGCACAGGCACUCAAGUCGCUAAAGUCUUAAGUAGGUUCAGGUUGUAUUUCUCUCCAUUGUGCUGUGCAAACAUCGUACGGUGUUCAAAAUGGCAACCGAAUCUCUCUGACCUGAUCCGAAACAUCACUAGCCCAAGAAAUAAAAUAAUUAUUAUAUUUGGAGAUGUGUUCACGAGUCUGCCGUAAUCCCUCUCCCACCCUCGAACAACAUCACCUGAAGUGCUUAGAAAUAGCUCCCUAUUCUUUGCCAAUAUUCCCAUUUAAUAGGCAUUCAAGACAGUAGUCCUGUAAAUGGUUCAGUUGCUUUCAGUGUAUAAUUUUGACUCCUCGUAAAAAAAAAAAAAAAAAAAUUGGUCUAUCUCAAGCAGGGAACUUUCUAACAGUGUUAGCAGAACAAGUGGCGUGUUCUAAUGCGUUGCUAGGGACCAUGGAAGCGUUUUUCCAGAACUUGUGAUGCAUGUAGGUAAGCCUCCAGGUUCCUUCGGAUAGGUUAACAUUAAUAAUAAUGUAAGCUGACAAAAGUUGUUGUAGGCUCCAGUUGUUUUUAUUUUACCAAAUGUUUUUUUUUUCUUUGUGAUUAUUGAUUUUUUUUUUCUUCUUUGUUUUAUCUUCAUUUUGUUUUCCUCAAAGGUUCAUUUCACUCCUUUUUGUUUAGGGGCUGAAUCCACAGCAAUUCUCUGAUUCACCUGUGGUUUUUAAGAAAGAAAUCAUGCAACAGUUGAAUGUUUAUGUGGUAGUGCAAGAUAACCUCUCUCAGAACCAAGAACCAAGUUUAAUAGUGCAACACAGGUGGAUCAGAGUUAGUGAUUUCCAGUCUGUUUCCCCUCCCUAGUUAGUUAUUUGUUUGUUUUGUUUUGGUGUAAACCAAAUGAUCUGUAUGAAGUCUCUCCUUUGUACUGUAUAUGCAUUCUUUUGAGAAAAAAAUAUUAAACUUAUACCUUAAUUGCCUUUA